AUGUUGAAAUCAGUAUUCACCAGACAGAAACAUCACACAUCAACACGUCCAUUCAAAGAAUACUACACAGAAUGGUCCAACACCCUAAAAAACAACCACCUCCCGUUGCUCCGUCGCUCGAUCUCCGGAGACUCGUUAACCCUUCUCUCAACCCACGUUGAGCUUCUCCACCAGCAUUUCCAAUCUUACUACCACGCCCUCGACGCGGCCGCUACCGCCGAGCCUUCACAGAUUCUCAACCAAGACUGGCGUAACUCCUUGGAAAAGCCUCUCCUUUGGAUCUCCGAUGUCCACCCUUUCGUCUUCACAAACCUCGCGCGUUCGUUUCUUGACGAUGAAGAAAUCGAAGCAGGCGAAAACAUGUCUGCUUCGAUCUCUUCUGACCGUUCUGACCGUGCCUGGCAGAUAUCCAUGGCGUGGAGGAACCCGUCAGAGACGCUGAUAUCGCGCAUGGAACAGAUCGAAUGCGGGCUGAAAUCCAUCGUCCCAACGCUGAACGAGAGACUCGCCCGCGCGGAAGGAGGAUUCAUCGACCGUGUAGUCGGAGACUGGUUUUCGUGUAAGGAUCGCAGCGAUAAUAAAGGGAAAGUUGUUCUGGGAAAUGAUGUGAAGGCUUACAUGGAAGAGUUUGUGAGUGUUUUUCUCUAUGCAAAUAGAUUGAGGAGAAGUGUUCUUGUUGAUAUUAUCAGUGCUGCUUCUGUUUACCAAUCUGCAUUGUUUCUUGAAGGGUUGUCGAUGUUUCUUAUCGGGUUUAAAGAUCAUGAUUUGGUUAAUUCUGUUGAACAUUCCAAGAGUUUUUGUUUUGAUCAUGGUAAAGAUCAUAAAGAGUUUUGCGGUUCAAGGUGUCACUGA